AUGCCCCGCAGGAAGGCGGCGGGGCCGCCCUGGGACGCGGCGGGCGCGGGCGCUGCGGGCGGCGGGCGGCGGCGGCCCCGGCCCGGCGGCGGCGGCAGCAGCGGCGGCAGCAGCGAGGAGGAGGCGCCCCGGGAGCGGCGGCCGCGGGCCGGGAGCCCCGGGAGCCGCAGGCCCGGCAGGCCCGGAGCGGCGGCGGCGGCGGCGGCGGCGGCGGCGGGGCCCGGAGGCGGCGGAGCCCGAGGGCAGAGCGCGGUGAUCUGCGAGCCCGAGCACAGCAAGGAGCGCAUCAAGCUCGAGGGCUCCAAGAGUCGGGGGCAGCUCCUGAUCUUCGGUGCCACCAACUGGGACCUGAUCGGCCGCAAGGAGGUGCCCAAGCAGCAGGCGGCGUACCGGAACCUGGGUCAGAACCUGUGGGGGCCGCACCGCUACGGCAGCCUGGGCACGCUGCGGGUGCGCUCGGUGGUGUCGGGGCCCUGCGCCGCGCACAGCCUGCUCAUCACCGCCGAGGGCCGCCUCUGGAGCUGGGGCCGGAACGAGAAGGGGCAGCUGGGCCACGGCGACACCAAACGCGUGGAGGCGCCGCGGCCGAUCGAGGCCCUGGGCAGCGAGGCCAUCGUGGCGGCCGCCUGCGGCCGGAAUCACACCCUGGCACUGACCGGUACGGGUUCCCCAUCCCGUUUCCCCUCCUUCCCGGUUUUCCUGAUCCCGAUUCCCGGUUUUUCCCAGAUCCUGUACAACGGGCAGCCGAUCUGCAAGCUGGGCUGCGGUGCCGAGUUCAGCAUGGUGAUGGACUGCAAGGGGAACCUGUACUCCUUCGGGUGUCCGGAGUACGGGCAGCUGGGGCACAAUUCCGACGGGAAGUUCAUCGCGCGGGCGCAGCGCAUCGAGUACGACUGCGAGCUGCUGCCGCGGCGCCUGGCGCUCUUCGUGGAGCGCACCAAGGACGGGCAGGUGCUGCCCGUGCCCAACGUGGUGGUCCGGGACGUGGCCUGCGGAGCCAACCACACCCUGGUGCUGGAUUCCCAGAAACGCGUCUUCUCCUGGGGCUUCGGCGGCUACGGGCGCCUGGGCCACGCCGAGCAGAAGGACGAGAUGGUUCCGCGGCUGGUGAAGCUCUUCGACUUCCCGGGACGCGGCGCUUCCCAGAUCUACGCGGGAUACACCUGCUCCUUCGCCGUCAGCGAGACAGGCGGAUUGUUCUUCUGGGGCGCCACCAACACUUCCCGGGAAUCCACCAUGUAUCCCAAAGCCGUGCAGGAUCUCUGCGGCUGGAAGAUCCGCAGCCUGGCCUGCGGGAAGAGCUCCGUCAUCGUGGCGGCCGACGAGAGCACCAUCAGCUGGGGACCCUCACCCACCUUCGGGGAGCUGGGCUACGGGGACCACAAACCCAAAUCGUCCACGGCAGCGCAGGAGGUGAAAACCCUGGAUGGGAUCUACACCGAGCAGGUGGCCAUGGGCUAUUCCCACUCUCUGGUGAUCGCCCGGGACGAGUCGGAGGCGGAGCAGGAGAAGCUGCGGAAGCUCCCGGAGUACAACCCCCGCACCCUCUGAGGGGCCCCGAUCCCGAUCCCGAUCCCGAUCCCGAUCCCGCUUCUCCAUCCCGCCCGCCCUUCCCCCUUCCCGCACUGCCAGCCCCCCACGGGGGGGUCAUUCCCAUCCCCAUUCCCGGCUUUUGGAAUUCCCAGCCGCAGCCGGACCUUCCCGCCCCGGCUUUUCUGGCCUCUGGCCUCCAAUUAUUUUUAUUUUAUUUGUGUUUUUCCGGAGCUUUUUUUUUACUGUUUCCCGUUUUUCCGGCCCCGAAUCCCCACGGCUGCCGGCUCGGGAUCACUUUGGGGAUCUGAUCCCAGCUUGGGAUCCCUUUAGGGAUUCGGGAUCCAUAAAGAGCAGCUGCCAACGCCUGGUUUUCCCCCGACAUUCCCAUUUUCUCCCCCGACAUUCCCGUUUUUUUGCUGGUUUUCCCUACUUUGGGUGCUACAGUUUUCGGGAUUUCCCCCCCUCCCACCCUCCACCAUCCGCGGGGAUCCCGGAUCCCAUCCCAGCAGCAUUCCCGGAUCCCAUCCCAGCAGCAUUCCCGGAUCCCAUCCUAGCAGAAUUCCCGGAUCCCAUCCCAGCAGCAUUCCCGGAUCCCAUCCCAGCAGCAUUCCCGGGCUCCCCUCCCCGCCCUCGCCCACCCCGGGGACAUCUCAGGGAUCACGAGGGGAGUCCCAAAGGAAUUCCUUUUCCCGGGAAUUUGGGAUUUUUCUUUUUCCCCUUCUGGCGGAUGGUUUGGCCCGGGAUCAGCGGGAAUUCCCGCAUUCCCUCCUUCCCCAUUCCCGAUUCCCGAUUCCCUCCGUGCCAGGUCACUGUGCUGGAAUCUCGAGGUGCCUUCAGGAGCAGAGCCCGGCUCUGCCCCGCGCCAUUCCCGCUCCCUUCGGGCCGUUUUUAGGGAUUCUCCUGGAUUUUUCCAUGGAUUUUUUGCUCCUUCCCAUCUCCCCCGGGGCGGCGCUCGGGGAGUUUGCAGUAAAACAAACAAAAAGAAAAAAGGGUUUUGGUCAAUUUGGUUU